AUGACUUCUCGGGACCAGCUGGUUCAGCAGGUGGUAGGGGAGCUGCAGGAGGCCGUGGAAUCCGAGGGCUUGGAGGGUCUCGUUGGUGUUGCCCUCCAGGCCAAGCGAGUCCUAUCUUCCAUUACUCUCCCCACCUGCCAGGAGGCAGGCCGUGGCCUCCAGGUGCUGGAAGUAGACUCCGUGGCUCUGAGCCUGUACCCAGACGAUGCUCCACGGAGCAUGCUGCCGCUGGUGUGCAAGGGCGAGGGCAGCCUGUUGUUCGAGGCGGCCAGCAUGCUGCUGUGGGGUGACACAGGCCUCAGCCUAGAGCUGCGGGCACGCACCGUGGUGGAGAUGCUGUUGCACAGACACUACUACCUCCAGGGCAUGAUCGACUCCAAAGUGAUGCUGCAGGCUGUCCGUCACUCCCUGCGCUCUGAGGAGUCCCCUGAGAUGACCAGCCUGCCACCUGCCACGCUGGAGGCCAUCUUUGAUGCAGAUAUCAAGGCUACUUGCUUCCCCAACAGCUUCUGCAAUAUGUGGCACUUGUAUGCCCUGGCCUCUGUCCUUCAGCGUAACAUCUAUUCCAUCUACCCCAUGCGGAACCUCAAGAUCCGGCCGUACUUUAACCGGGUCAUCCGGCCCCGCCGCUGUGACCACCUGCCCUCCACGCUGCACAUCAUGUGGGCUGGCCAACCCCUCACCAGCCACUUCUUCCGCCACCAGUACUUUGCCCCAGUGGUGAGGCUGGAGGAGGUGGAGGCUGAAGAUGCGCCCAGCCUGGCCCCGGCUCCUCCAACCCUGGCCCCACUGCCACCACCCGCCAAGGCCCUGGAGCUGCUCAACCGAGAGCCUGGCCUCAGCUACUUCCACCUCUGUGAACGCUACAGUGUCACCAAGAGCACGUUCUACCGCUGGAGGCGGCAGUCCCAGGAGCAGCGGCAGACGGUGGCCGCCCGCUUCUCGGCCAAGCACUUCCUGCGGGACAGCCUGUACAGCGGGGGCCUCAUGCCGCUGCAGCAGUUCCUCCAGCGCUUCCCUGAGGUUUCCCGUUCCACCUACUAUGCCUGGAAGCAUGAGCUGCUGGGCUCUGGCUCCUGCCCGGCCCUGGCUCCCAAGGAGGUGCUGGCCAUGGCAGAGCUGGAGAAACUGCCAGAGGAGCAAGUGGGCGAGGGCCUGGGGGGCUCCCCGCUGGCAGCGUCAAACCCUGGAAUGGUCUUAAUGCAGCGGGCCAAGUUGUACCUAGAGCAUUGCAUCUCCCUGAACACACUGGUACCCUAUCGCUGCUUCAAACGCAGAUUCCCUUGCGUCUCUCGCUCCACCUACUACAACUGGCGGCGAAAGGCCCUCCGGAGGAAUCCCAGCUUCAAGCCGGCACCAGCCCUGUCAGCUUCCGGGGCUGCCCAGCCAGCACCUGCUGGGGACGUGACCCUGCUCCCUUGGAAGGGUGAGGAGGGCGAAGGGGCAGGGAAAGCAAUAGUUAGGGGCCCACCGGGGCCCCGGGGGCUCAUGCCGCUGAAGAUGCCCUUUUCCCGUUGGCAGAGGCGCCUGCGCAGGGCUGCGCGCAAGCGGGUGCUGAGGGGGCAUCUCCCCUUCUGCCGCUUCCGCCUCCUCUACCCCACUCUGUCCCCUUCUACUUUUUGGGUCUGGAAGAGCCUUGCCCGGCCCUGGCCUAGAGGCAUGUCCAAGCUUCAGGUGCAGGCCUCCACCUCAGGCAAAGGGCGGCAGGAGGCCCAGGAGAAGGAGGUUGACAGGAAUAUGACAGCUGUGCUGGCCCCACAUGCAGGGACUCUGCCAGUGGGGGCUUCUUCAGGAGAGGAACCAGUAGAUGCUGAGGGAGGGCCUUCCAGAGCGGGGGCCUUGCAAGAGAGGGCUACAGCCCUGGGCCAGCCCCACGGUGGCCCCCUGUCAAACCACCCUGUGGUGGCAGGAGGCAGGGAGGACCAGGUGCUGGUGAUGGAUAUGAUCACAACCACGAAGUUCAAGGCCCAAGCCAAGCUAUUCUUGCAGAAACGCUUCCAGUCGAAGAGCUUCCCCUCCUACAAGGAGUUCAGUGCCCUCUUCCCCCUGACUGCCCGCUCCACCUACUACAUGUGGAAGCGUGCCCUCUAUGAUGGCCUCACCCUGGUGGAUGGCUGA